AUGCGUCAAAGCGGUGGCGUGCGUUAUCCCAACAGCGCCCAGGUGCGCAGUUUCUCCCAGCUCAAGUACGACCUGCGGGACGUGAACACGUUCGUUCUGGAACCGGACGACGACAACCCGCUGGCGAGGCGCAGGACGCAUUCCUUCGACGGCGUGCAGAGCCUCGAGGAGCAGCAGACCGGUGUGGAGGAGCCCGCCUCUGACGCCGCCCGCUCCGCCCGCAGUGCCAAAGUCGUGUCGCGCUCGGAGCCCAGCCCAGAAGGCAGCCUCGAUUCGGGAGAAGAGAACGAACAGAUAGAAGACGAAAGCAGCACGGAAGGCAAUUUGAAAUCGGAAGAUGCGGACGGUCAGGAAGAGGACGAAAGUAAAGAGAAAGACAAUGCUCCACCCGAAUACACAGAAAGUGGCGGUGACAACGGUGACAUUUCGCUUCCGGACGGGGGAGAAGCCGUUCGGGACGCACCGUUUCCAGAGCUUGACGGACACGUCGAGGAAAGUGCCGGCCAAGAGGAAGUGAGCGGGGAGGAAUGGGAAGAAGCGGCGGCGGCUGAGGACUCAGCGAUGGUGGCUGACGACACUGCCACGGCGGUAAACGACGCCGAGCGGGCCACGGCUCCGCGAGCCGGUCACAGCCCCAACGGCCAGCAAGGCAGUCCCGUGCACAUGGAGCAGGCCGAGCUGGGCUCGCAAGCAGCCAGCGGCAGCACGGCCACUGCGUCGACCAACUGGUCCUCUCCCAUGUCCACCGAGACGUCGUCCACGUCCAGCCACAAGACGCCCACCAGAAGGUUGGAGAGGAGGCCCGAAAUAUGCUGGGCCCACGGCUACCAAGGUAACGGCCCAUUCAGCAACCUGCACGUGGUCCGCUCAGGCGAGAUCCUCUACAAUGUGGCGGCGCUGGCUGUCCUCUUCAACCGGUCCAAGCACCAGCAGCGCUUCUACAUGGGACACUCGAUGGACAUCGACUGCAUUGCGUACAAUUACAACGAAGACGUCGCAGCCACGGGACAGAGCGCCGGUUUCAACCACGCACCUCCUGCACACAUCCGUGUCUGGAAGACCGACACUCUUGAGACGCUGGCGGUGCUUGGGGCGGGAAUCAUAAAUGUGGGGCUCUCCUGUCUUGGAUUUUCAUACCAGGGCGUCCUCUUAGUUGCUGUAGACUCCAGCCACGACCACGAGCUCUCAUUAUGGGACUGGCAGAAAAACGAGAUCCUUGGAAGAGCUGUCGCGAACCCGGCGCCCGUGCUUGGCUGUCACUUCCCGCCGUCCGAAAACGAGCUGUUCCUGACCUUCGGUGUGCAGCACCUGUGCUUCUGGAGGAAGGGAAAAGAGAACUAUCUCGAUAGGCUGGACGCCAUCACCGCCGAGCAUGCACCGAAGACGAUUACGGCCGUCGACUUCAUGGGCACCGCAGGCUUUGUGACGGGCGACGACGCGGGGUACAUCACCGUCUGGUCGGCUUCUAAGGAAGGGAGCUACUUCUUCAUCAGCAAGGAAUUCAGGGCGCACGAGAACGACGUCAACGUCCUGCUGUUUCUGCCGCACAAUCUACUAAUAUCGGCGUCGGCUGUGGACAGAGAAGAUCAGAUCAAGGCGUGGGAUGCCGACAAGAAAUUCCAGAAACUUGGCGUCACAUCGCUGCCGAAGGGAACGGGCGGCGUGCACGCCAUGUGCCAACACUUGCCGAACGCUGCCGACGAGAACGUGUUCGUGGGCACAACGCACAACCUAAUAAUGGAGGGCUCCUUCAAGAGAAAGUUCCGGCCAGUCAUACAGAGCCACUGUCGUGAAACUGUGAGCGUUGUGGUAUCGCCGACUGAAAACAUCUUCUUUACCGUUGGCCGAGACAGGGCCGUCUGCCGUUGGAACGUCUCUAGCCUUGUCUGGAUGACGCCGGUCGAGUCCGAGUGCCUGUCCGCCUCGAUGCACCCGCGGGGCUCUGCGCUGGCCGUGGGCUGCGCCAAUGGACGCGUGUCGGUGCUGGCCGCCGACACAGGGGCGGUGCUGGCGACGUUCAGCGUGGCCAACAGCGCGCUCAACGCUCUCGCCUACUCGCCCGAUGGCAUGUUGAUGGCGGUUGGGGCGAACGACGGCUUCAUCCACAUACUUUUGGUGCAAGACCAAGGACAGACGAAUCAAAAAGGCGAAGUCAUCAGGGGCCGAGACUCAAUCGUGAACAUCGACUGGUCAGUGGACAGUCGCUUGCUACAAGUCAUCACGACUGACGGCCAGUAUCAAGAACUUCUUUGCUGGGAUGUAAAUAGCCUGAAGGCGAAAUCACCCACCAUUACGAAAGUCGACUGGUACCAGCUCACCUGCACUCUGAACCCAGACAUUGUCGGAAUUUGGGACAACGAACACUUGAUGGACGUCGUGAACCUGACGUGUCAUCGUUCCCACAACAAGGCCGUCGUUGCAGCUGGCGACCGCGCGGGCUUCCUGAGAGUAUUCAGGUUUCCAUGUACCGACACCAAGGCGGGCUUCACGGAGCAGAAGGUCAGCUCGUCCCCCGUGACGUGCGUGCGGUUCCUGCAGAGCGACAAGUACCUGGUCACCCUGCUGGCCCAGGCAGGCUACUUCGUGGUCUGGAAGAUGGUUUCCAACCAGCGGGUCCGCUCCGAGUCUGAUCGCGUCACGUGAACUAUUCGAGCCCCUGCAGCCUGUGCUUCGACGACGUCAGGAUCUGGUCGAGUGCCACUUGCAGAAAGGGGCGCGGGCAGCAGCGAGCCCUUCACGAUAGGAAACCUCGUGUGCUGUGAGACUGCGCUCAAAACCUGUGCGCAAAUUCCCAGAGAAUGCCCGUUGCCGAGCAGAUUGGGUACCGGUGUCAUUUACAGCGAAAAUACCUUCAGUGCUACGUCAAGGAUAAACAGAAAUGAAGGAGUGACACACGCCUUGCGACUUCUCAGGCUUGUAGCGCUGCGAAGUGUCAGCGAUUGCAGCCAUUUGUACUUCCUAAGGAACGGGGCGUAACGUACGAUAUUGGGUCCCAUUGGUGUACGUGCUACAGCAGUGAACGUCUUCAUUGUCACCAAUUAAUGAGUGCUUCCUGUGGCUGUA